GAUAUUUUUAUAAAAUGCCUGGAAACUUGGGACCUGGACCAGGAGCCUAUAUGCUACCUAGCAGCUUUGGUGCGCGUGGACCUCAAUACUCCUUUGGCCGCCGGAUCGAUCGCAAACGCUUCGAGAAGCCCGGACCAGGACCGGCCGCCUACAGAAUCGACAAGGUCACCCGAUACGGAAAAUCGGACGGACAGCACUUCUCAAUGUUGGAGCGUCUUCCCCUGCGCAAGCCCAUGCCCAUCAGGUACCAAUAGCUUCGAUCUCUACCGAUGUUACCCGUGACGAUUUGAAGUCGGCAAUGAAGAGGCAUAUUGGUGUGUGUUUGCAGGCCUGGUGACUGCCGAACCGAAUAAAGCCGUGUGUUCUGAAGUCAACCCA